UCUCAGAACAUGUGCAGAUGUCUUCAGACUGCUGCCUUUCCUGGUCUUCAUCAUCGUCCCAUUCAUGGAGUUCCUCCUUCCUGUGGCUUUGAAGCUGUUCCCCAACAUGCUGCCUUCUACCUUUGAAACGCAGUCAAAGAAGGAGGAAAGAUUGAAGAAGGAGCUCAGAGUGAAGCUGGAGAUGGCCAAGUUCUUACAGGACACCAUCGAAGAGAUCGCACUGAGGAACAAGGCUGCUCAGGGCAACGUGACCGAGGAGUUCUCCACCUUCUUCCAAAAGAUCCGAGACUCUGGAGAACGUCCCAGUAAUGAACAGAUCAUUAAAUUCUCCAAACUGUUCGAGGAUGAGCUCACUCUCGACAACCUCACCCGACCUCAGCUGGUGGCUCUCUGUCGCCUCCUGGAGCUUCAGUCCAUCGGAACCAACAACUUCCUCCGCUUUCAGCUCAUCAUGAAGCUCCGAAACAUCCGUGCAGAUGACAAGCUGAUAGCAGAAGAGGGAGUAGAGAGUCUGAGUGUGAAUGAGGUGCAGGCAGCCUGUCGGGUCAGAGGCAUGAGAUCUCUUGGAGUCACAGAGGAACGACUGAGGGAGCAGCUCAGCCAGUGGUUGGAGCUACAUCUGAACCAACAGAUUCCCACAUCUCUGCUGCUUCUGUCUCGAGCCAUGUACCUGCCAGACACUCUCUCUCCAGCUGAUCAGCUCAAAACUACUCUGCAAACUCUCCCUGAAAUGGUGACCAAAGAGGCUCAGUUAAAGGUGGCUGAAAUGGAGCUCUCCAAAGUGGACAACAAAACCAAACUGGAGACGAUGCUUCAGGAGGAGGCAGCGAUACUCCAAGACACCAAGGAUCGGGAGAUGGAGAGGCUGGCUGAUGCUGCAGAGAAGGCAGCCAAGGAGGAUGAGGUGGAGCUUGAAGCCAAUGGGGUGAAGCGCAGCGACGCAGAGCCAGCAUCAUUUCAGGCUAACAGAUCAGCUCAUCUGGAGACGCUGAGGGAUACAGCUCCUGUUAUUGAGGUGAACAAGUGUGAACAGUGGCAGAUGAUUCUGCGUUUCCAGGAUGAGGAGAUAACCAAAGAAGAGAUUGACCUUCUGAGUGACGCCUGCUCUAAACUGAAGGAGCAGAAGAAACUGCUUACCCUGGAGAAAGAGGAACUGGAGGAGCUGAAGGAUGAUGUCCAGGAGUACAAUGAGGAUCUGGAGGAGAUAAAAAAGGAGUUUUCUAAGAGCGGACAAGAGAAAGCCUUAGAGGAAUCGAAGGCCAGCCAGCGUUUGUCUAAGAGAGUCACCCGCAUGAUCGGUCGCAUUGAUAAAAUCAUUCUGGAGCUGGAGAAGGACAAAGUCAUCCUGGAUGGGCAGGUGGACAGCGGAGCCACUCCGCCUGUUGGAUUAUUCUUUACUAAGUAUAGCGAUGCUGCAAGUCUUUUCUACGCCUUCAGGGAGAACCUGAUCAGCAUCGACGAGCUGAUCAACGUCAUGCGGCAGAUCCAGAAUAUUCCAGAGGACAAGCUGCAGAGGAUUGCAGAAUCCCUGGAUGACAACAAAGACGGAAAGAUCGACAUUGACGACGUCAUUAAAGUGGUGGAACUGAUUGACAAGGAGGACAUCGACAUCUCUACCUCCCAAGUAGCGGACAUCAUGGUGAUGCUGCAGAAAGAGGAGAGGCUGAUAGAGAAGGAGAAGGCCAAAGAGAAAGCUGAGAAGGAGCAGGCAGCCAAACUCAACAGCUAACUGCUCUGCACUUAAAGACACAGAGAGCACUUGUAGAAAACCACCACAGGGUAGUUUAAUCUGGUAUUGGCUCUCAGAUUACGUCAAACAAGUCAAGGGAGAACAACAAGGUAACAGUUGCCUUGCGGAAAUAACUGGUGAACAAAAAAUACCAAAAAGAGGGCCUACUCCCCCCUGAUGCACCGAAAUCAUUUGAAAGCUGUUAUGUAACACUUUUUUGGAGUAAGCUUAUGUAUUAUGUGGAUACUUGAGUUUAAUUUUAUCUAAUUUAUUAAUAUAAAUGGAGCCAAGUUGGCUCUAGCAGCUGGAAGCUCUAAGGAGAAAUCAGAUCAAAAAUCAUGUAUUAGGGGAUAUAUUAGAUAAUGUUUGGGGUGAAAUGUCUUUGCCUUUCAUUUCAUUCAUGUCAUCUGAAAGAAAUUAUAUCAUUUCUGGACUUACAAACAAGACAACAUAAUCUUCAUCAUUGUCAUUCCAUCCAGAUUUCUUUUUUUCUUCUUCUUCAUGCUCCAUCCACCACUAUCGGAGGUCUUUCUGUUUUUUCCUCAUUUGGUUUUGUUCUUGUUUGUUUUCUGGCCGCGAAAUUUGUAACUAUCUGCUACCGAAGACAUGAUUGGAUUCAAAAAAGAGAUUUUGAAUCAAGAUAGUCUUCAGAUCAGUUUAUUCUGAAAAUAAAGCAGAUAUAGAUUGUUUCAUAAUUAAUGGAGCUACAUGGAUAGUAGUGUUUGGUUUGUUCAAGAACAGAUUUAACUUAUUUUAUUUUUAACACUUGAAUUGAUAAACCUAAAUCCGCUUCAACAUUUAUACCUCUAAAGCAGCUUAAACUUGCUUGAGAAUAAACGUGGGUUCUUUGAGUUUGCAGUUUGGAGGCUGUGUUGGCGCUUCACACUCUAGACCUGGACCGGUUACCAUGCAUCACGGUUUUCCAAUGUUCCAAAUGGGGACGGCUACAAAAGAACGGCGGCAUCAAACUGUUCCUGUGCUUUAGAGUUCUGUUAAUGUUUAUGCGACUGGAGUUUUCUCCAGCUCUAUUGAGCGUAUAGGGAUUCAGAAAGGCCUCUGACACACCUGUUGCUAAGCACUGCUUGUCAGAUGGCUGAAAAAGGGGGGUAAUUACAUUAUCCUUCACUUGCAAGAAAGAUAAUUUGGACAUGUAAAAAAAUAUUACCUAUUGCAACGAAAAAAAUUGCCUUUUAAAAAAAAUAAAUACAUGUAUAUCUAUAUAUCCAUCUGUUGUUUCAGGAGCAGUCAUGGAAAUGUUCUUUGAUAAAAUUAGAUGGAAUUUUAGUGUGAAAUUCUCUUGGAAUGUCCUACUGACCGAUGCCCAGCUGUGUCCCUGUAAUUUUUUCAGGGCAUCGUUUGUUGCCCUGCUUGUAGUCCUCUUUUCUAUUUUUUUUUUUUUGCCAAAGCAACACCCAUACCUGUUCCCCCCUCGUAUUCUUUACAAGUUAAGGCACUCCUCUGCAAUAGCACCAUCAGUUUAAGCUUGAUUGAUUGGAGUUUUUGUUUGCACUCUUACCUCUUUGUAAGAACCCAACAUUUUUGUAUUGUGCAGUACCAGGAACUGUGGUUACUGCAAAACUAAACAACCAAAAAACCCAGAUAGGUUAAUGUGUAUGAAGUAAGGCUAUAGUUCUAAAAAACAAAUGUGCCAUUAACCGAAUAUUUGCCCUAGUUUUCUAAAACAGAAAAGUGGAUGUUUGUUCUGGAAGAGGGAGGAGAUGAAGCUUUGAUGCUUUGAAUUUUUUAUCCUUAGGAGUUCUGUUAGAAUUGUGGUAGAAAUGGCUCCUAAGUGAUCUUCUUGCGACACAAAUACUACACUGGUUUAUGUACUAUUUGUAUAUAUAUAUAUAUAUAUAUAUAUAUAUUUUUUAGAAUUUAAGAAGAAAAUUUUUUUUUUUUGGUGAUGAUAAAGCUGAAUAUAAAAGUAGAUCAGAUUGUUUAGCGUUUUACCUCAAACAGGUAAAAACAUUUUGCACUUCAGCGCUGAAUGUGUUUGAUUGUAAACAGUCGUUUUUAUUUUUUCUAAGGAAAUAAUGAUACUUUCAUGUAUAGCGCCUUGAAAAAUAGUCAUAUCCAAGUAAAUAUUCCACAUUUUUUUAAUAUCUUUUUCAUUUCGGAGGACAGACUCAAUGCUGUGCAGACUAACACCAUGGAAAUGUAUUCUUGAGAGCAAAAGUGAUGCAAAUAUGUCAGCUUUUAGUCAUGAUUAUGUCUCUACCAACUUUGCGCUUUACAAGUACUAUUGUAUCUGUGCAAAGCAGCUCAAGCUCAGUCAGACUGAAUGGAGAGUCUGAAGAGAGUUUUUUUUCUUUUAGUCUUAGACAACAACCUUUAUUGUCAUUUUGUAUACAUAGUGUAUACACAAGUCUUGCUACAGACUCUCUUGGAUUUUUGCUUCAGGUUGCAUAGAAAAACUCUCUUUAUAUUUAGGACACCUUUCCUGCACAAAGGGGAAUUUUCAUCCAUGUCUUAUAACAGGUCCUUUACUAGGACUGCCCUUUGUUUAUAUCCUUUUAGUGUUCCUCUCCAUGCCUAAGAUAGGUUUCCCCCACAGCACCAUGCCACCCAUCCUGUGCUUCACCCUGUGACUUUGAAUCCAGGGUGAUGCACAGCGGUAGUUAAUGGCCAGAACAGGCAAUUUUUAUCCUAGCUUAGAUGAUGGAUUGAACAUUACUCUGUAAGAUGUUCAAACUGUGUUAUAUUAAAUCCUCGAUCCAUCUGCUGAGUUCCUAACUCUCUAUCUAAAUGUCUAUUGCAUACAAGCUUGAGGUUUUUAACCGGCCAAAGUGUAGAAAAGUCACUUUUUUUUCCUUCAGAAUGUUGUUAGGGAAAAGUAUAUACGCGUCUGCAAGUUCUACAAACAGCUUGGAAGUUUAAUUUGUCGUCUUGUGAUGUGAGCUACAAGUAAAUGUUACACUGAAUCAAUCACUUUCUCUUUAUCAGGGAAAAUACGAUAAAUAAGACUUGUUUUUAAAUUUAUAUAAAAUGUACUACUAAUAAAACAGCAGGUUUAAAAAGUCUGUAAAUUUUACAAGAUGGAACAAAGGUUAGAGGAAAUUCAGCUUUUAUGUAAUAUAUUGAUUAUUAUCGUUUAGGAUGUAUGAGAACUAAUUUGAACUGAAGUAGACCUUUAUUCUGCUUCUUUUUAAAGUUUUACUUCAACAGAAGGAACCCAUAAGGUGAUGGAUUUCUGAAUUCCUUCUCACAGGAAAGAUUUUUGAGCUGAUAUUGGGAUUCAUCUGCUGUAUCCAGCAGAGAUGCUCAGGGUAACUAAAAACGACAGAGCGGCAUAAGACAAGAGUCAUCGCCGCCGCCUUUAAUCCGCUCCUGGACUCUUUAGUCGUCCAGGUGGAUGAUUAAGAGCUUGUUCCUCCUCUGUCGGGCGUCGCAGAAACAGAGUGAGGCUAAGCUUCGUCUGGGACCAGUUACACUGAUAGCUGAGGGGUAAAAACCUUUCUGACCUUUUCUCAUGUACAUUAAGACCAUUUUGUGUAAAAAUGAUCAAUGGCAUUGUAUUAACUAUAACAUUGGUUAUGAGGAUUGGAUUUCAGCCGUACAGUUAUAAGAACCUGACCAACCAAACAAGCAUACGAAUACUCUCGCCACACAGCCUGGAAGCCUCUCUGGUUGAAUAAAAAAACAAAAAAAAAA